AUGGAUCACUCAAUGAAUAUGCCCGUAAAUCAAACUAUUUAUGGAAAUAAUAUGAUAAAUAAAGUGGCAGAUAACCAAUUUAAUCAACCCAAUACGAAUAAUAAUUACCAAAACCCCAAUAUGAAUAAUCUUAAUCAUGUUAAUCCAAUGCCACCACCCCAACAACAAAUGCACAUGUUUUCUAAUGACUGGAAAAGUGUUAUAGCAUCAAUAAAAAGUUGCAAAAUUCAGCAAGUAUUUAACAAUAAAGAAUUUGUAGCAGAUUUUUUUAUUGGUAUUAAUUUAGAUUUUAGCAACAAAUACCUAAUUUUAGAUGCAUCAAAUAAUGUUACAAAAUUUGUUGCCAUUGAAAAUUCUCAUUUCGCUAAUAGAAACUGUUUACCAAAAAUUUGUAUUCCAGUAGAAAUGAAAAUAUUAAGACAAGGAAAAGAAUUAAAUAUGCCUGAUCUUUUAGUAGAAAAAGAUUGUUCAUGUACAAUAUGCUGUUUAAACAGACCAACUAUAAAAAUGUAUGAUUUUUCAAAUAAUAAUAAUAAAGAACUAAUUGGUAUAAUAAAAUCUCCUUUUAGUUGUUGUUCUUAUAAAUUUGAUUUAUUUGAUACAUCUAAUAAUAAAAUAAUAUAUAUGGAUGAUACAUGUUGUCAGUUAAGUAUUUUAUGCCCAUUACCUUGCGGUGCAUGUAAGUAUAGUAAUUUUUAUUUACAUGAUGCAAAAACCAAAGAGAAAGUUGCACAUUUAAUAAAAGAAGUACCAUUUUUACAACUUGUAAAAAAAGAUAUUGAUAAUUAUGUAAUGAACUUUGAACAAGUUGUUAACCCUGAAUGGAAAAUGAUGGUUUUAGCUUUUGCUCUAUUUUUAGAUUAUAUAUAUUAUGAUUAUAAAAAAUAA